AUGAGCACGCAGAUUCCCGCCAGAUUCAUCAUUAAAGAAAGCCUGUCACUUUUCUCCAGUGUUGCCUUCCCCCUCCCUCAUCCCCUUCUGAUCCAACCCUUCUCCCGUGAUGGAACCCAUCGUCCUGCUGCUUGCCGCGAUUGGGGCUGUCACAUUGCUCGCUGUCGUUGUUCGUCUCUUCCUCUUCAUCACUCAAUACCUCCUCACCUCCUUCUCCUACUCGAAAUUCAAGGGAGAAUGGGCCGUAGUCACCGGCGCGUCAGCCGGCAUCGGCGCGGGCUUCACAAGAUGGACAUCAUUGCCUCCGAAGUCUCCUCCACCUACGGCGUCAAAACUCACGUCACUUGCUUUGAUUUCGGUUCCGCAGACCUCGCCGCCUACGCCGCCCUCAAAACCGAGCUCGCUCCACUCGCCCCGAAGAUCCUCGUCAACAACGUCGGCGUCAACGUUGAGUUUCCGACAGAUUUUGUUGAAAUGGAUCCCGCGGACGUCGAUCGCAUCGUCCGCAUUAACAUCACCUCCAUCAACAAGAUGACCGCCAUGCUGCUUCCGGCCAUGAUUGCUGCCAAAAAAGGGAUCGUCUUCUGCCUCAGCUCGGGGGGCGGUGCGGUCACACCGGCCCCGCUGUUGGCCCCUUAUUCGGGCACAAAAUCCUAUGCGGAUUCGUUCGCCGUCUCCCUGUCCGGAGAGGUCGUGGAUAAGGGUGUCCAGGUUUGCUCCCUCACACCUUUCUUUGUCGAGAGCGCGAUGGCAAAGAUGCGCAAGUCCUUCACGGUACCGUCGGCCAACGACUUUGCCAAUAAAGCGCUUAACCAAGUUUGCGUUUCACCAAGAGUUUCUCCGCAUUGGGUCCACGCGAUUAUGGCAGGUGCAGUCACGCUUCUCCCCCUAAAGGCCCAGGUUUCUUACGUAACCAACCUCCAUCGAAGCAUUAGGACCAGAGCACUGAAAAAGAAAGAGCGUCUCGCUAAGGAAAACUAG